GGCCCUUAAAAUCGUAUGCCACCAAAUAACUUUCACUCAUUCGUGUAUUUCGUACAGUCGGCGCUAAUAUACGCAGAUCACUCUAUACGCUCACCCAACGGACUACGCACAACAUUCAAAUAGAUACCGCCUUCGGCCUGUAUCACAACCGCUUUGCGAUCCAGCUGCAUGGGAAUCUUGGUGCGCGCACAAGUCGUCACUUUGUGGUUAAGUAGAAAAUAGCCCCUCUACAGCAAACGUCAUGUCAGUCUACAGCUACCAACUACUGAUAACAAUAGUGCUCAUCUUUAUCAUUAUGACCUUACUACAACUCUGGUUUCAACGCCGUUACAGUUAUUGGCAUCGUCGCAAAAUACCAUAUCUCGAGCCCACACCUUUUGUGGGAAAUCUUAAAUCACUACUGAUGUUACGCACUUCUUUCGGCGAAUACUUUCGAGCGCUCUACGCAGAGCCCACAUUCCAAACAGCGCCGUUUUUCGGUUUCUUUAUAUUACAGACGCCCGCUUUGCUUAUACGCAAACCCGAAUUGAUCGAACAGUUACUCACAAAACAGUUCAAUAGUUUUCCCAAUCGUUAUGAGGCUGCCGAUCUGCAUAGUGAUCCAAUGGGAGCGCUGACACUACCCUUGGCAAAAUAUGCGAUCUGGCGCAAGAGUCGACGUGAGAUUUCAAAACUAUUCACCAGUGGACAUAUAAAGAAGGUGAUGUAUCCCAAACUCAUUAUGUACGCCGAACAAUUAGAAGGGUAUAUCGCACGUAAGACGAAACAAGACGCUAUCGGCGUCGCUGCGGUCAUUGAGGUCAAAGAAAUGUGUGCGCUCUAUACAACAGACGUCACAGCUGCGCUAUUGUAUAGCAUCGACACGGCAGGCCUACGCAACGAUGGCUGUGAGAUGCGCGCACAGUGUGUAGAACUAUUCGAACCGAGUCUGCGUAAGGUUAUCGAUUUCUUUGCAAUAUUUUUUCUACCGAAAUCAGUGCGUUUGCUCAAAUCAAAACUAUUUACACUCAAAUACGCCAGCUACUUGCGGCGUUUGGUGCAGGAACGCUUGGAUAUAGGCAAACGCGCACAUGAUAGUGGUGAUCUUAUCGAUUUUCUGCUGAAAAUGCAACACAAUUUGAAGUACACCGAGCCGCACAGCGGUUGGCUGCGACAUCCGGACUUUAUUGCCGCGCAAGUGGGCAUUUUCUUAUUAGCGGGCUUUGAGACGUCGUCUUCGCUAAUCGCGUUCAUCUUAUACGAAUUGGCAAAGCAACCGGCAAUUCAGCGUACAUUAAAAGCCGAAAUAGCCACACAUUUGCGUGCUCCACAAGUUGUGAGUUACAAACAGUUAUUACAUAUGCCUUACUUGAGUAUGGUGGUCGCCGAAGGAUUACGUCUAUAUCCGACAGCACCCUUUAUUAAUCGUGAGUGUCUUCCGUUUGGCGAGCACCAGACUUUGUGGUAUGAGAAGGGCAAAAAGUAUUUGAACAUACCCAGAGAAGUACCGGCAUAUGUUUCCAUUUUGGGUUUACACAGUGAUCCGAAGUACUGGCCCAAUCCACAACAUUAUGAUCCACAAAGAUUUUCGCCAGAGAGACUACACACCAUUAAACCAAUGACUUAUAUACCAUUCGGAGCCGGACCCCAUGGUUGUAUUGGCAGUCGACUUGGUAUACUGCAAGUCAAGCUGGGUUUGUUAUAUAUCUUAAAGCGGCAUCGUGUAGAGUUGUGUGAAAAAACUUUAAAAGAAAUACGAUUUGAUCCUAAGAGAUUCAUGCUAGAAGCCAAGGGUGGGCUUUAUUUGAAGUUUGUUCAAGAAGAGUAAAUAUAAUUGAAUUUUUUUCAAGAAUUUUUGAAAUCUUCAGUUCUUUCUUAAUUACGUGAUUUGAUUUAAAAUAGCUUACAUCGGAUAUAUUGACGGAGUUGACAAUUAAAUUAUUGCCCUAUUUGGAUAAAAUAAAUGAAAUGUGUAUUCCUAAAUGGACAAUAAACUCAAAAGGUUUAAGUAAGCUUUUUAUAAGGGAUGCUUUUUCAAAGGAUUAGGUUAGGUUAGAUCCCUUCGAAAAAGUGUACCUGACGAGUCAGAAUAAAAUGUAAAAACGAUUCAAUAUACCCAUCGAACAGACAAGUUUUAAGCAAGCGAAGAAGAGUUGCCACCAUUAAAAAAAUUUAAAUUAAUUAAAAAUGAUUUGAAUGGUAAACAUUUGAGAUAUAUUACAUCAAUAUACAUAAAUUUUAUUAAAACUAUUUUUACUACAAAUAAAUAGACAAUAUAAAUGAAAAUCUUACUUCAAAUACAGUUAUUCAACAGUUUAAUCUCUAUACAUGUUGGACAUGACAUCUGACAACUCCCACUCACUUCAAAACAAUGGAUCAGGCACGAGUUUCAGUUGUAUGUCACACAUAGCCUUUAAGAUGACGGCACGUGGCUCCAAAAGUAUUUUCGUCGGCGUCUUUUCACAUGUUGUGACAUAGUGAUUACGGAAAAAGUAGAGUAGCCCCAACUUCGUUUGCAUCAUUGCGAAGCGCUCACCGAUACAAUUAUGUGGUCCAAUGCCGAAAGGCAUAUAGGCAU